UGUCAGGCUGAAACAUUGUGUUAUGUUUUCCAGGGAGAACGAAACACUGUGGAGAGAAAUCUCAGAUCUGAGACAGAAACAUGUUCAUCAACAACAGCUCAUCAAGAAGCUGAUACAGUUCAUUGUUACGCUGGUGCAGAAUAACCACAUUCUGAAUUUAAAACGCAAAAGGCCUAUUCUGAUGAACAGCAGUGGAAAGAAGCCCAAAUACAUCCAUCAGCUGUAUGAGGACAAAGUGUGUGUGGAUCAGUCGCCUGUCAAUGGCCUGAAUCCUGUGAAGAACUCUGACGUCUCUGAUGAUGUCAUCAUCUGUGACUUGUCAGAAAGUGAUGCUGAGGUGUUGUCUGAGGUCACAGAAACAUCUUCCAGGAGCUGUGAACAGGGUGAUGCAGGAAUCGUGGAAGUAGAUUUGGACAGCUGCACAGUGUUGCCGGCUGAGAUGGAGGUGAGCACCAGCUGCAUAGAGGACGCCAGACCGACAGAUACACAGAAGAUUCACGUGUCGGAGAGCAGCGGUGCCACCACCAGCAGCAGCGCCCUUCAGCUCAAUAAAACAUCCAGCCUGAGUCUGGAGGAUCCGCUGAAGAUGAUGGACUCCAUCCUGAAAGAAAAUGGAGCAGUAUCACAGAACAUCAACCUUCUGGGCAAGGUGGAACUGAUGGACUAUCUGGACAGUAUUGACUGCAGUCUAGAGGAUUUCCAGGCCAUGGUUUAUGGAAAACAGUUUGGCAUUGAUUGUGAUGCCCUUGAGGAGACAGUUUCUCCCAAAGAUCAUGAAAUUCACCUGAACAGAGAGAAGACGGAUGAUGACAACACAGAUAAGCAGCUGAUCCAGUACACCACGUGCCCUCUGAUGGCCUUUCUUGACGGCUGCACCCUGACUCCAGAACUGGACCCUGGCACCGGUGGCACUGAGCUUUGCGGCACUUCAGAAGAAGCUGAGCCUGCCUUAGAACUGUUGGACAGCGGCCUUGAAUCCAAACAGGUGACCCACAGCUCUCUGAUCCGCCUGGAACCGCUAACGGAGGCAGAGGCCAGCGAAGAAACGCUCUUCUACCUGUGUGAACUGAACCCUGAUGAGUCCGAGUCCAACCCCCAGUGACGCUUUCUUUACUGGGUCACAAUUCUCACAAAAAAAAUAAAAAAAUCAAGAUAUGUUUGGGUUGGAGCAGCUCUAACUCGAGCCAGAUCGUUUGGACCAUUGGUUCAGAAACCGAUGAUGGGGACCCCCCCAUUGACAUCAUCAGUGAAGGAGACUCUGCAGCUUUGUACAUAUUUGUGAUUGUGUUUGUGUCUGUCUACAUUCCAGGUCAGCGCCAGGAAACAGUUUAUAAAAAUCCCUGAGGUCAUCACAGGUCAGCAGGUAUCACUUUUUUGUUUUGCCGUGUCAAGUCGGGCAACCACAAAAGUGAAAAAUGAGUCAAUGUUCACACACACACACUUUCAUGAAAAAUCAACCUCAGCUUCUAACUAAACACGAGCCAGGGGGCGAUGCAGACAAAUGUAAUCAUUCUUCAACAAGUGGAAUAAAACAGUUGUCUUUAAGAUGGUUCAGUUUCAAUUUAGUUUCAUUUAUAUAGCACCAAAUCACAACAAAGCUGCCUCAAGGCGCCUCACAUGAGUAAGGUCUA